AUGUCGAAAUCACAACAAAUACCCGAUGCUUACAUACUGUAUCGCAGAGAUAUGAUAAAAAAAUUUGAGGACCAAACUCCUCAAACUUUAAAGUUGAUUUCCGAUAAUUGGCAUCAAGAAUCGGAGGAAAAGAUGCCUAAUCAGGAGAGUAUCGACCGUUCAUCUCAAGAAUUUCAAGCUCCUAUUUCUUUCUUGUUUGAAGGAAAUCAUAAAAUUUAUGAAGUCGAAAAGAGCGUCAGAUAUUUAUAG